UGAGAAAUCCCAUGGACAGAGGUGACUGAUGGGUUACAGUCCAUGAGGUCGCAAAGAGUUGGACAUGGUUAAGUGCACAUGCAAAGCAAAAAGCCAUGAUGUACAAGGUCAAACCUGCAGUAGUUUUUAAUGAAUAAAAUACAGUGAAGAAAUGGGAGCUUUUCCUUCUCUUCCCAUCACCAAACAUGAGAGUCCAGGAGGCCUGUGGAAAUACAGCUUGUAAUGAAGAUCAUUUAGCCAUAUUGGCCUGAAUUAGCCAGGUGCAACUGGCCAGAUUAAAAUACCCUUGUACUUUCUGUUUGUGUAAUAUUUAUUGCAGACUGUUUCUCCAUUCUCUCUCUCUCCCAUUAGUGGAGCUAAGAAGUUAUUUAGAACCUAGGGUUCAGACAACUUGCCAUGAUAUUACAUGCUAAAAAGACAUUAACAACUUAGACCUCCACAAAUUUUAUAGAUGAUGAGCCUCAGGGCUGCUUCUCACCAGUUUUUAGCACACAGAAUGAAAUGAUAGAGUACUGAAAGAUCUCUUUUCAGUCAAAGCCCUUGCUAACCCUUGAGGAACUUGUUAAGAGCUCCAUAUAUGUUAAGAACUCCGUAGUGCACAGGAGUUCACUCAAGUCCACGGAGGUCUGCUGGUGAAUCUGUCCAUGAUUAUAUAAUAACACAAAGGAUUCACAGGGCUCUCCUUCAAAGAAUGCAAAAGAAAAAAAGAAACCCCCAAGUUCACAGAUACGGAGAACAGAUUGGUAGUUGCCAGAGGGGGUAAGUGAAGAGAGGGUUGUCGAGGGGUGGUGAAAUAGGUGAAGGCAGAUCAAAAGUUAUAAACUUUCAGUUAUAAAAUAAGUCAGGGGAUAUAAUAUGCAGCAGUAUGACUAUAGUUAAUAAUACUUUAUUGCAUAUUGGAAAGUUUCUAACAGAGGAAAUUUAAAAUUUUUCAUCAUAGGAAAAACUGUAACCAUGUGUAAUAAUAUUUGUCUAGUUAACUAACUGACUUAUUGUAAUACUUUCAUAAUAUAAACAAAUAUCAAAUCAUUAUGUUGUACACUUGAAAAUAAUAUUAUAUGUCAGUUAUAUCACAAUAAUGCUAAAAUAAAAUGACCCCCCCCCAAAACUAGGGAAGACCUAAAAAUUGCAGGAAUAUAGACUAUCAAGAAAAGCAAAAGCUGGUGAUUUGAAAUAAUCAGUAAAAUUGAUAAAGGUCUAGGCAGGCCAAAUGAGAAAAGAGGGAAGGCAGAAAUUACUAAAAUCAGGAAUGAGCCUUUCCGGCAGUGACAACCUCCUCACGAGAACAUGCCUCUCACAAAGGAUUUUCUUCAUCCCUCUCCAGAAGAGGAGAAGAGGAAACCCAAGAAGCGCCUGGUGCAGAGCCCCAAUUCCUAUUUCAUGGCUAUAAAAUGCCCAGGAUGCUAUAACAUCACCACCGUCUUUAGCCAUGCACAAACAGUAGUUCUGUGUGUUGGCUGCUCUGUUGUCCUCUGCCAGCCUACAGGAGGAAAAGCAAGGCUUACAGAAGGAUGCUCUUUCAAACGGAAGCAGCACUAAAAGCAUCCUGUAUCAGGAUGAAUGGGAAACCAUCCCAAUAAACACUUUUUGGAUUAAAAAAAAAUAAAAUAAAAUCAGGAAUGAAAGGAACAUAAGACAAGAGCAUUUGAUAAAACCUAACAUCCACUUAUGAUAAUGCACUAGUAACAGAGGCGAGUUCUGCCUCUUAAGAUAGAACAUUUGCAUGAAAUCUGUAGGCAACAUCACACUUAAUUAUGAGAAACAAGAGGCUUUUUUUUUGGUAGGAUACUAAGACACUAGGUAAGGUGUCCUUUCACCACUCUUGUUCAACACUAUACUGGAAGGCCCAGCUAAUGCAAUAAAGCAAGAAAAGGAAAUAAAAUAUAUACAGAUUAGGAAGGAAGAAAUAAAACUGGCUCUGUUGUGUGUGAUAUGAUUUUCUGUGUAAAAUAUCUGAAAGGAUUCAUAACACCAGAUAUCACUCCAGCAAUUAAUAAGAGAAUAUGGAAAGACUGAGGAUAUAGAAGUCAACUGUUUUCUUAUAGAUCCAGAGAAAUAUAGCUAUCUGACGUUUGAUAAAGGACUAAAAGGCAAUUCAAUGGAGAAAAGAAAGACUUUUCAACAAAUAGUGCUAUAUAUAGUGGAUAUUCACAUGCAAAAAACAAGUAAGUAAAUCUACACACAGAACUUACAGAAAAUUUAAAGUAGACGAUAGUUCUAAAUGUAAAAUCCAAAAGUAAAAAAUUUCUAGAAGAUAAAGAGGAAAAACUCCAGGGGAUCUUGUGUUA